UUUCCCUAAAUAAUUCAGUGGCCCAAGACCAAUACCCGACCCAGGCCCACUUCACCUACUCCUUUCUUCUUCACCUUUAACAUAACAACGACACAACAGUUGCCGGCCGACGACAAACGACGCAGCACCGAGAGCAUGUGACCAAAGCACCGAGAGCCUUCUAGAAAUUAAGUGAGAUGAAGAACUGGAACCAGCUUCAAGGCUCAUUCUGGUAAAUCACCCAAAAAAGCAAAGAUAUGGUUUCUCAAUUACAAAACCCAAAAUACCCCAAUUGAGCACUCCCUCACCCCCAUAUGAAUUCUUGCAGCUACAACACUGAAUCCUAAGGCCAGUAUACCUGGAUUUAAUUGAGGUAUUAUCUGCUAUUAUUUGAACAGUGAACUGGGGUUGUCAUUUUUGUUUGCCUCUAUAGACCUAUAUACAAUCAAGAAUGAUGAAAUAUGUUAAAGUUGGCGCCUUUAUACAUGCUAUUCACUCCUAUAAUAGAUUUUGUCACUUUGAAUCCAAACCCCAUUUGGGUUUUGGAUCUUUAGACUCACAAGUUAGAGCUAGUGUUGGAAUUUUCUGGGAUUUAGAUAACAAACCACCUAAGUCAUUUCCACCAUAUGAUGCUGCUACUAAGUUAAAGAAAGCAGCUAGUGAAUUUGGGGUUGUUAGAUUUACAGUUGCUUAUGCUAAUCGACAAGCGUUUAGUUAUGUGCCUCCUUUAGUUAGGGAACAAAGGAAAGAGAGGAAGGCGUUGACUUUGUUGGAAAAAAGUGGGGUUGUUAAGGUAGUGGAACCUUAUAUAUGUAGAGUUUGUGGAAGGAGAUUUUAUAGUAAUGAGAAACUUGUGAAUCAUUUUAAGCAAAUUCACGAGCGCGAGCAUAAAAAAAGGUUGAGUAAGAUAGAGUCUGCUAGAGGGAAAAUGAGGGUGAAGUUGGUGGCUAAGUAUGCAAUGAAGAUGGAUAAGUAUAAGGGUGCUGUUAGGGAUGUUUUGAUUCCCAAAGUUGGGUAUGGUUUGGCGGAUGAGUUGAAACGAGCGGGUUUUUGGGUUAGGACUGUUGAGAAUAAGCCACAGGCUGCUGAUAUCGCGUUGAGGAAUCAUUUGGUUGAUGUAAUGGAUAAGAGGAUGGUGGAUCAUGUGGUGCUUGUGUCUGAUGAUUCGGAUUUUGUGGAGGUGUUGAAGGAGGCUAGGUUGAGGUGUUUGAAGACGGUGGUUGUUGGUGAUAGCAAUGAUGGUGCUCUGAAGAGGAUAGCGGAUGCUGCUUUCUCGUGGCAAGAGAUCAUGAUGGGGAAGGCUAAGAAAGAAGCUGUCUCUGUCGUUGGCCGGUGGAAGGACCGAGAUGUAUUGAAAAGAUUGGAGUGGACAUAUGAUCCAGAGGUAGAGAAAAAGUUGUAUUAUUCUGAAGUUGAGAGUGAUGAUUCUGACGGAUUCUUUUCUGGGGAAGAGGAUGUUGGUGCUUCCGUCUUGAAGGAAAAUGCUGGUGCAUGGUGGAAGCUGGACUCUCAUUCAGGACGUUGAUUGAUGCGGCAACAUAUUUUUGGCUUCAGCUUCAUUCUUAUAAAAAUGAGAUAUGAACUGGUGAUUCCAUCAUCCUCAAGAGGCUUUCCUUACGUUGGGGUCAACACUGCUGAAAGUUAUUAGUGAAGUAACUUAGCUGGCAACAACUACUGAGUUUUGUAUGUUUUAAUCAGUGGAGAAACUUGGAGGUUAAGGUUUACCAUUGUAACAGAAGUGAUGUUCAUGUAAGUACCUGUACUUUUCCUAGAUAUUGUUAUAGAUUAAAAUUCUAAAAUCAACUUCAGGUGAACCUGAUUGAAAUCAAUGGCCAAGUUCUCUGGUCGGGGGCUCAAUUCACCUAAAUUGUAAGAUGAACCAAAAUGUCAUCUUUUUUUUUUCUUGCUUGGUGUGAAAAAUAUUGAUAAUUUAUCAUUUAAAUUGCAAAGGACUUGGAAAUCGCUA